AUGCGGGACUUCCGGCGGAGCCGUGAGGCGGCAGCGGCCAUGGCGGAGAUCCCGUUCACGCGGGUGGUGUCGGUGACCAGCGCGGACCCGCGUCACCCGGCGGAGAAUCUGCUGCGGCCCGAAGAUGGCGGGAGGUGGAGGGGAGCGGCGGCGGGGGAGAAACAGAUGAGCGUGGUGCUGGAGCUGGGCGACCCCCGGCCCAUUCACUCCCUGCACGUCGGCAACGACGGCGCCGCCUUCGUGGAGGUGCUGCUGGGCUCCUCGGCCGGGGGCGACUUCCAGGUGCUGCUGCCCAGCGCGGCGCUGAUGUCGCCCAGCGAGAGCCGGGCGGGGGCGGGGCCGGGCCGGGUGCGGCUCUUCGGGCCCGAGGCGCUGGUCAAGCGCCCGGCCACGCCCACGGCCAGGUGGGACCGGCUGCAGGUGGUGCUGAGCCAGCCCUACUGCCAGAGCCGCCCCUACGGCCUCUCCUUCAUCCGGGUGUUCGCGGCCCCCGAGGAGGGCGAGGAACCGCCCCCGGCACCGCGGCGCCGCCUGGGUCCCUUCACGCUGCGGGAGGAGGGGGAGGGGAGCCCCCGGCGCCCCCCCGGGGCCCUGUUCUACAGCCGCCCCUCCCCCACACCAGCCCCCGCCCAGCCCCCCCCCGGGCCCAGCUACGCCACGGCCGCACUGCAGGGGAGCGCCGGGGACGGCACGCAGCCCCCCAAGCGCCGCCCCCCCUCCCCCACCCCCCCCUCCCCCACCAACGGCGCCCCCCCUCCCUUCCCCCGCCCCCCGAGCCCCCAAAAACCCGGGACCGCCCCCCCAAAAACCCGGGACCCCCCCCCCAAAAACCCGGGACCCCCCCCCAAAAACCCGGGACCCCCCCCCAAAAGCCCCGUUUUGGGGGGGGUGGUGCUGGCGCUCAGCGGCUUCCAGAACCCUCUGCGGGCUCACCUGCGGGCGGCGGCCGCGGCGCUGGGGGCCGAGUACCGCCCGGACUGGACACCUGAGUGCACUCACCUGGUGUGCGCGUUCGCCAGGACGCCGAAGGCGGCGCGGGCGCGGCAGCGGGGCGGGGUCGUGGUGGCACCUGGAUGGAUCUGGGCGUGUCAGAGGGAAGGGAGGAGGCUGAGCUGCGGGCCGUACCUCUUGGAUGGCCCCGCCUCCUCCAGCAGCGACGGGGAGGGGCCGGAUGAUGCCCCGCCCCCUUCGCGCCCAUCCCCCAAGGUGAAGAAAGGGGCGGGGCCAACUCACCUGGACACACCUGGGACCCCUCCCCCCACAGCGCCGGCCACGCCCCCUGAGUCAGGUGACAGCGACGGCCAAUCAGAAGACUCCGACCCCUACGGCGGCUCCACCGAGGAGAACAGCGAGGACGAGGAGGGGGAGGGGGAGCCCAUCCCCCCCUGCCCGGUGCAUUUUUUUGAGGACAAAAAGUUCUUUUUGCACGGCGACUUCCCCGAGGGGGAGGGGCGGCGGCUGCGGCGCUUCGUGGUGGCGUUCGGAGGCUCCCUGGCUCCCUCAUUGGACGACUCGGUGACGCACGUGGUGACAUCACAGGACUGGGACCCCGCCUUCCAGGAGGCGCUGAAGCUCCGCCCCUCGCUGGUUUUCGUGCGUCCCCAUUGGCUGCUGCUCUGCGGGGAGCGGCAACGCCCCCUGCCGGCCCAGCCCUUCCUCGUGACGUCAGCGAUGACGUCAUCAGCGUAACAGCGACGUCGUCGGCGCGGGCACGCCCCCUUUCCCCUGGCCACGCCCCCCCCUCCGUUCCUGUAAAAUAAAGAGAUUUUGGGUAGAAAUUGA